AUGGAGAUUGAAAAACCGGAAUCAACUAUUGACGAGAUUGACGAGGGACUUUACUCUCGACAACUUUAUGUGCUUGGUCAUGAUGCCAUGAAAAAAAUGGGUACCUCAAACAUUCUUAUUGUAGGCUUAAAAGGUCUUGGUGUUGAAAUUGCCAAGAAUGUUGUUCUUGCUGGUGUCAAAAGUGUAACUCUUUACGAUCCUGAACCAGUAAAACUUUCAGAUUUAUCAACACAGUUUUUCCUAAGAGAGGAAGACAUUGGAAAACCAAGAGCUAUUGUGUCCGCCUCAAGGUUAGCUGAACUUAAUCAUUAUGUGCCUGUAUCUGUUCUUGAUGGUGAAUUGACAAAUGAUAAGAUAAAAAAUUUUCAAGUCGUUGUAUUAACAGAAACUCCUUUGAAAAAACAAUUGGAGAUUAAUGAUUUUACUCAUGCAAAUGGAAUAUGUUUCAUAUCAACUGAUAUCCGUGGUCUUUUUGGUGUUGUAUUUAAUGAUUUUGGUAAUGAAUUUGUUAUCAAUGACUCUACCGGUGAAGAUCCACUUGGCGGAAUGAUUGCUGCAGUCUCCAAAGAAUCAGAUAGUGUUGUAGCAUGCCUUGAUGAAUCACGUCAUGGUUUAGAGGAUGGUGAUUAUGUAACUUUUACAGAAAUAAAAGGGAUGGAAGAAUUAAAUAAUUGUGAACCAAGAAAAAUAAAAGUUCUUGGUCCGUAUACAUUUAGUAUUGGGGACACUUCAAGUUUUGGAAACUAUAUAAGUGGAGGUCUUUUUACUCAAGUUAAAAUGCCUAAAACAAUCCACUUUGUAAGAUCAUUAAAUUAUUAUCAUAAUCAUCUUAAUUUUUUAAAGGCAUUAAAUGAAUUUGCAGAAAAAAACAAGGGUCUUCCGCGUCCACAUAACGAAGCUGAUGCAGAAGAAAUUAUAUGCUUAUCUAAAGAAAUUAAUGAGCAAUCUGAAGAAAAGAUUGAGAUUAAUGAAAAACUUUUAAAACAAUUGUCAUACGGAGCUCGUGGUGACUUAUCUCCAAUGGUUGCAUUUUUUGGUGGUUUAGUAGCUCAGGAAGUAUUGAAAGCAUGUAGUGGUAAAUUUUGUCCGAUUUUUCAAUAUAUGUAUUAUGAUUCUUUGGAAUCUUUACCAAACGGUGUUGUCCUCAAUGAAGAGAGUUGUGCUCCACGUGAUUCUCGUUAUGAUGGUCAAAUUGCAGUUUUUGGAAAUGAAUUUCAAGAAAAAAUUGCCAAUUUUAGAGAAUUUUUGGUCGGAUCGGGUGCUAUUGGGUGUGAAAUGUUAAAAAAUUGGGCCAUGAUGGGUUUAGGUACCGGACAUAGAGGUGUAAUUCAUAUCACUGAUAUGGAUACAAUUGAAAAAAGUAAUUUAAAUAGGCAAUUUUUAUUUAGACCUGGAGAUGUAGGGAAAUUAAAAUCUGAAACAGCAGCAGCGGCUAUUUCUAAGAUGAAUCCUCAUACAAGAAACAAAGUUAUAGUUUAUCAAGACCGUGUUGGUGCCGAGACAGAAAAUGUUUUCAAUGAUGAUUUCUUUGAAAAUUUAGAUGGUGUUACAAAUGCUCUGGACAAUGUUGAUGCACGAAGAUAUGUGGAUAGAAGGUGUGUGUAUUACAGAAAACCUUUAUUAGAAUCUGGAACUUUGGGUACAAAAGGCAACACGCAAGUUGUGAUUCCUUACUUAACAGAAUCCUAUUCAUCAUCACAAGAUCCUCCUGAAAAAUCUAUUCCAAGCUGUACACUAAAAAAUUUCCCUAAUGCUAUUGAACACACCAUUCAAUGGGCCCGUGAUCUUUUCGAGGGAUUAUUUAAAUCUCCGGCAGAAAAUGUCAAUUUAUAUUUAAGCCAACAAAAUUAUAUUGAUUCUGUCUUAAAACAAGGCGGAAAUUCCAAAGAAGUUAUAGAGAUAAUUAAAAAUUUUUUAGUUACAUCUAAGCCAUUAAGUUUUGAUAAUUGUAUUGUAUGGGGCAGAUUGAAGUUCGAAGAAUAUUUUAAUAAUAAUAUUCAACAAUUGCUUUUUAAUUUUCCAAAAGAUUCUCUUACAUCAUCGGGCACAAACUUUUGGUCAGCAGCAGCAAAUUUACACGCAUUUAAUUAUGGUUUAAAAGGGGAAAUUGAUCGUGAAUAUAUAAAAAGUGUUUUAAAUAAUGUAAUUGUACCUGAAUUUACACCAAGAGCUGGUGUAAAGAUUCAAGUUCAAGAAAAUGAGACAAUUCAACAAGCGAGUAUUGAUGAACAAGAAUUAGAAGAACUGAUUUCAAGUUUACCACAGCCAUCGUCACUAGCGGGAUAUCGAUUGAAUCCAGUGGAAUUCGAGAAAGAUGACGACUCAAAUUUUCAUAUUGACUUUAUUACAGCAACUUCGAAUUUGCGAGCAACAAAUUAUAGUAUUCAACCUGCUGAUCGUCAUAAAACAAAAUUCAUAGCUGGUAAAAUCAUUCCGGCAAUUGCAACAACAACUUCUUUGAUAACAGGUUUGGUUUGUUUAGAACUGUACAAGAUAAUUGCAGGAAAAAAUAAACUUGAAGAUUAUAAAAAUGGUUUUGUUAAUUUGGCAUUGCCAUUCAUCGGAUUUUCCGAACCUAUUGCUAUGCCGAAAUUCAAGUAUCAUGAUGUUGAAUGGAGCAUAUGGGAUCGGUUUGAAGUUGAUGGAGAUCUUACUCUUCAAGAAUUUUUGGAUCAUUUCAAAAAUCAACAUGAGCUUGAUGUUACCAUGUUAUCUUGCGGUGUUAGCAUGUUAUAUUCUUUCUUUUUAAUGGGAAAAAAAAGAGAAGAACGUCUAAGAAUGAGAAUAUCAAGAUUGAUUGAAACAAUUUCCAAGAAACCAGUUCCACCACAUGUCAGAGCACUUGUUCUAGAAAUGUGUGUCAAUGAUCGUAAUGAAGAAGAUGUUGAGGUUCCAUAUGUCAGAUUAGUAAUCAGACCAUAA